AUGUUCCUUGUCAUUUCGAGACAAUUCAAGCAACGGAGACAAGUGGACAAUGUAGAAGAAUCUAUUGUACUAGAACGAGCUGCCCUGGAGCGUUGCCCCAGAGACCAUCCUAAUCGUCCUAUGCAUCUCAACAACCUUGCGGCUUUUCUGCACAGACGUUACAAAGAGUGCAAAAGGAGUGAAGACAUCGAGGAAGCUAUCAAGUUACAUCGAGCGGCUCUCGAGCUUCGCCCUGAGAGCCAUCCUCAUCGCUCAGUGUCUCUCAACAACCUUGCAAGGUCCCUGCACAGCUGCUACGAACAGCAAGGAAAGAUCGAGGACCUUGAGGAGGCCAUUGAGCUACACCGAGCGGCACUUGAGCUUUGUCCCGUGGGUGACCCCAAUCGUUUUACGUCUCUCAGCCUCCUUGCAAUUUCCCUGCGCAGCCGAUAUGAACGGCGUGGAAGGACUGAGGACUUUGAGGAAGUCAUCAAGUUGCUCCGAGCUGCUCUCGUUCUGUGCCCCGAAGGCCACCCUACUCAUUUCUGGACUCUGAACCUCCUUGCAAUUUCCCUUACCUACCGAAAUGAACAGCAUGGAAGGACUGAAGACCUUGAGGAGGCUAUCGGGUUAUACCGAGCCGCCCUCGAGUCACGUUCUGUGAGCGAUCCUGAUCGCCUUACCUGUCUCAGCAGCCUUGCAACUUCCCUGUCCUCCCGAUAUGCAUGGAAUGGAAGGACUGAGGAUCUUAACGAGACCAUCGAGCUUCGCCGAGCCGACCUCAAGCGUCACCCCGAAGGCCAUGCUCGUCGCUCUGCAUCUCUCAGUAGGCUUGCGCUUUCUUUGCGCACCAGAUAUCAGCAGCAGCAUGGAAGUAUUGAAGACCUUAACGAGGCCAUCGAGAUACACCGAGCAGACUUAGAGCUUCGCCAUGAAGGUCAUCCUGGUCGUUCUAUAUCUCUCAUCAAUCUUGCAAUUUCGCUGUCCAUCCGAUUCGAACAACUUGGGGACCCUAGUGACCUUGAGGAGGCCAUUGAGUUGGGACGAGCUGCCCUCGAGCUUCGCCCUGAAGGCCAUCCUCGUCGUUUUAGGUGUCUCCACGUCCUCGCAAGUUCACUACGCCUUCGAUACGAGCAGCACGGAAGGAUUGAAGACCUUGAGGAGGCUAUUGCACUGCAACGAGCCGCCCUUGAGCUUUAUCCUCUGGACGACCCUGAUCGUUCUACGUGUCUCUGCAGCCUUGCAGCUUCCCUGUCUACCCGAUACGCGCAGCACGAAAGGACUGAAGACCUCGAGGAGGCCAUUGAAUUGAACCGCGCUACCGUGGAGCUUUCCAAAGACCAUCAUGAUCGUUCUAUGUAUCUUAACAACCUUGCAAUUUCCCUGAAUACUCGAUACAAUCAGCAUAGAAGGGAAGAGGACCUUGAAGAAACAAUCAAAUUGCACCGCGCGGCUCUGGAACUGCGCCCAGAAGGCCACCCUCAUCAUUAUAUGUCUCUUAUCAACCUUGCGUCUGCCUUGUUUGCUCAGUACCAACAACAUGGGAGGAUGGAGGACCUUGAUAAGGUCAUUGAGUUGAGCCGCACUGCUCUGGAAUUUCUCCCCGAAGGUCAUCCUCAUCGUUCUUCCUCUCUUGCCAGUCUCGCGGGUUUCUUAUAUAUUCUAGUCAAGCAACGAUGGUGUACGGAAGAGUUUGAAGAAUGCAUCCGAUUACUGGAGCUCGCUGCCACCCAUAGAUUCUCGGGAUCAUUCAUGCGCCUACGGGCAGCGCGUCAAUGGGCAGAAAUUGCGCGAUCGCGCAAGCACGACACCACCUUUGCAGCUUAUAAAGCGACAGUAUCGAUACUUCAACAUGCUCUCACCGUGAAUCCAACUCUUCACUCACAACAUAACUUCCUCCUCAGGAGUAAUGAAUACAGAGCACUCACCUUGGACGCUGCUUCUUAUGCAGUAGAGGAAAAUCAAUUGGAGCAAGCCAUAGUGAUACUUGAGCAAGGAAGAGGCUUGCUCUGGUCGCAGCUUCGCGGUUUCAGGACUCCCCUAGACCAACUAGCAGAAACGAGCAAAGAGCUCGUCGAUAGAUUCAGGGAUGUUAGCGGCGUCAAAACGGAUCGAACACGAUUUGAUGAGCUGCUGAAGUUGAAGAAACGGCUUUCCAAUGAGCAAGAGCAGGUCAUUGAUGAGAUUCGACGAGUUCCGGGGUUCGAGAGUUUCCUUAAAGGCAGUCCGUUUAAGGAACUGCAGCAGGUGGCUUCCGAGGGACCAGUCAUCGUGGUCAAUCACUGCAAAUACCGUUCCAAUGCCCUCAUCAUUCUCUGUCGUGACGACCCGUCGGUCAUCUGUGUCCCGUUGGAUGAUGAUUUUUAUGAAGAUAGCAUCAGGCUGUGCCAAGAACUUGUGGAGACGCGCCAACGAUUCAACGCUGAUUCGUGUGAUUAUGAUGAAAAGCUUCGUGAAGCAAUGAAGAUGAUAUGGGACAGAGUUGUCUCCAAGGUUAUAGUUGAACUUAACAGAGUUGGGGUCGCUAAAGGUUCUCGCAUCUGGUGGUGUCCUACAUCCGUGUUGUCAGCGCUUCCGUUCCAUGCAGCAGGACCGUUUGAGGCUGAUGGUGUCACGAAAUACUUAUUGGAUGAUUAUACCUCGUCAUAUACGCCGACACUCGGAGCCCUGAUAAAUGCACGGUCAGGCGGCGAUGAAGACGAUCCGACAGUGCUGGUUAUCGGAGAUACCUCACUUCGGUCAGCUAAGCAGGAGAUUUCCAACAUCCGAAAUUGUGGUAUGACCACCAAACUGCUCGUCGGCAAGAAAGCGUCUCGUGAUGGAGCGAUUAAAGCUGUCCAGGAAGCGACAUGGGUCCAUUUUGUUUGUCACGGGUCCUUGGAUUCAAGCCCUUUCAACUCUUCAUUCAAUCUGUCCGGUCGUGGGCUAACGAUGCUCGACAUCAUCCAAACGAGUCUUCCAAAUGCGGAGUUUGCGUUUCUUUCUGCCUGCCAUACGGCGGAACAGCCUCACAACGGUGCCUACGACGAAGUCCUUCACCUCGCAGCGGCCAUGCAAUUUUCUGGUUUUCGAAGUGUGAUUGGUUCGAUGUGGGAGCUUCUUGAUAAGGAUGGCCCCAUAUUUGCUAAGACCGUUUACGAGUACAUAAACGAAUGCGAGGAGGGAGGGGUGAAGUAUAAGAGGGCGGCUGAAGGUCUUCGCAAAGCAGCUUUGGAGUUGAAAGCGCGGGAGGGGAUCCAGACUGAACGAUGGGUCAACCUUGUGCAUAUAGGUGCUUGA